CGCGGUCUCGGCAGCUGCAGCGGCCAUCUUGGAAUCCUUUCGGCACCUCUCCGAGACGCUGCAUGACUUGGCGACCCAUUGAUUCCUCAUUCUUCGUUGUUUUACUCGCUAAACAACGUUGUUUGUCUUAAUUGUUUGGCGACGACGGACGCCCGUGUGUUUUCUUGCCCACCGAGAGCUGAAACUACCGAAGAAUUGGUCGAAAAAAGCCGCUAUGGCAACCGCAACCCCAAGCCGUGAAUCUGGCCGGCCGGCGGCCUCGACGCCCCUCUCACCCACCCGCAUCUCUCGCCUACAGGAGAAGCAGGACCUGCAGCACCUGAACGACCGGUUGGCCGUCUACAUCGAGCGAGUCCGGUCCCUGGAGCUGGAGAAUGAUCGUCUUAUGGUCAAAGUAUCCGAAAAAGAGGAGGUCACGACCAGGGAGGUGAGUGGCCUGAAGGCUCUGUACGAGGCAGAGUUGGCGGACGCUCGCCGAGUUCUGGAUGAAACUGCAAGAGAGCGAGCCCGGCUGCAGAUCGAUUUGGGCAAAGCUCAGGCUGACCUGGAAGAAGCAACGCGCAGUGGCAAAAAGAAGGAUGCAGACCUUGCAGCAGCGAUGUCCAGGGCCAGUGGCUUGGAAAGUCAGCUCAACCAGAGUGAAGCUGCACUCACUACAGCUUUGAGCCAGAAUGCUGCUCUCACCUCUGAAUUGGCUGACAUCAGGAGCCUGCUCGCUAAGGCUGAUGACAGCCAUGCUGUUGCCAAGCGACAGCUGGAAGCAGAAACACUGAUGCGUGUGGACUUGGAAAACCGUUGUCAAUCACUGAAUGAGGAGCUGGAAUUUAGGAAAAACAUGUUUGAAGAGGAGGUCAGAGAGUCUCGGCGCAGGCAAGAGCAGAGAAUCGUCGAGGUGGACUCGGGAGUCCGACAGGACUAUGAGUUCAAACUGGCACAAGCUUUACAGGACCUGAGAAAACAGCAUGAUGAUCAGGUUUCUCUGUACAAGGAGGAACUGGAGCAGACCUUCCAGGCCAAGUUGGACAAUGCCAAGAUGUCUUCAGAGAUGAAUGACAAGGCCAUGUGCACAGCCAGGGAAGAGCUGCAGGAGUCCCGAAUGAGAAUUGAGAGUCUGGGAUAUCAGCUGAGCAGCCUGCAGAAACAAGCGGCCGCCGCCGAGGAUCGUGUUCGAGAACUUGAAGAGAUUCUGUCGUCUGAGCGAGACAAGCACAGACGCAUCAUGGAGGCGAAAGAGCACGAGAUGAAUAACAUGCGGGAGCGAAUGAAUGCGCAGCUGAACGAGUACCAGGAGCUGCUGGACGUGAAGCUCACACUGGACAUGGAGAUCAACGCCUACAGGAAACUGCUGGAGGGGGAGGAGCACAGGCUCAAACUGUCUCCCAGCCCAUCUUCGCGUGUCACCGUUUCCAGGGUGACUGGCUCUUCCUCCUCACGCACUUCUAAGAGGAAGCGUGUAGAGCUGGAGGCCGGCGACCUCCCAGAGAUGGGACGUGGAGAGGAGCAACUGCUGGUGUCUGAGGAGGCCACUUCCAGCGGCGCCAUAACUAUCUCGCCCACCGACAUGGACGGGAACUCUGUCACCCUGGCCAAUGACACGGAGCAAGACCAGCCUUUGGGAAACUGGAGGCUGAAGAGACAAGUGGAUGACGGGGAGGAGAUUGUCUACAAGUUUUCCCCAAAGUUUGUUCUCAAGACUGGACAGACGGUCACUGUGUGGUCUGCAGACGCCGGCGUGGCUCACAGUCCACCAUCUGACCUCCUGUGGAAGAGCCAGGCGUCCUGGGGCACCGGAAAUGACAUCAUCACCAGCUUGGUCAACGCGGAUGGCGAGGAAGUGGCCAGGCGGUGCGUCAGCAAGACUCAGGUGGAAGUGGAGAAUGGCGAGGAAGAGGAGGAAGUGGCACAGAAGGGCAAAGUGUCGUCCAGAGAGUGUGCCAUCAUGUGAAGCCCUCACAGCGUCCUCUUGACCGCGAAAGUCACUCCAGUCUGAUCCUGUCCAUGACAUUAUUUGUUAGCCACCAUAGCAGUACUUUUUGGACUACUUCUUUCAUACCAUUCAUCUUCCUUGACAAGGUUUGGUUUGUUGGCUCCCAACAUUCCCACUACCAUCGCCACACAUUACUCGACUCAAAAUAGACCUGUCGAGAGAACUUAUUUUCCAUGUUAAAGGGCUUUCACUGCGCCACCUGAAGAUAAAGAAAAGAAAAAGCUCACUAAGUGUUCAUUUUUAAAGAACAUUUCUUUCACAUGUUUUUAAAUUGUUCUUAAUUUUAGUGUGGUUCCUCAGCUCAGCGUGAAGCCCAUGCAUUGCCAUGCCACUAGUCACAUGACCUGCCGACAGAUCUCACAUGAACAUGUGAUUUCCCUCAUGCUUGUUUCCAUCAGAACACAACACAUUGAGAGCCACUUGGGGCUCCUUAUUGAACAGUAAAAAUUCAGACAGUAGACAAACAGCAUUGCUUUGACUUGAUUGGAGUGCACAUGGUCAAAGGGCUGCAAAAAUUAGAGGGAAAGACACAUGUCCUUACCUCAGGACCUUUUUAUUACUGACUUGCACCUCUCAGUAAGGAGUCGACACACACAAUGCCGAAGCCAGACUACAAACAAAGCGUGUCCAACAAUUUUUUAUGAAAAGUAUGCCGCUCCCGCUUACAAACACUUGAAGACGAGCAGCAGAUUUAUACUCUGAAGUGUUGGCUCAGCAGUCACCAGCAUUUAUCUGACUUUGGCUGCUGAGAUGAAGAAAAACACUACUUAGAAAUAUUUAACUGACCCCUUUUUUUAAAGGAGAAAAAACAAGGAAAGGUGUUUAAGACGACGUUUGAUGUGUUGCGACACACCUUGUGCGGCAUGGUGUUUUUCUCAUGUGUGGUCAUGCUUUACACUUUAGAUAUCUUUUGUUUUAGUUUUUGAAAAUGUAAUCAGUUUGUUUACAUUCAAUAUUACUUAAUUUUGUAUUCAUGAUCUCUGGGGGAUUAAGUUUGGGUGUUUAUGACCUCGCUGUAGUUUAAUAUGCAUACAUCUGAACAUCUAAAGUCAGACAUGACUAAUCUAACUGCAACAUGUCAAUGCUGAUAAUUCCUGAGGCGUAAUUUACCUUAUAGGAUGCUAUUUUAUUUCUUCCUGGACUCCCCAAUGCCUGAUUAUGCACGCCAAUAUUUGUGCAUUUCUAGAAUCUUCAAUCACUUUGACAUAAAGUGACAAUGGGAACAAAAAUGAAUGUGCAUAUUAGUAUGCACAAGUAUCUUUUUUUUUUUUUUUAGCAGUGGAGAUGCUACAAAGAAAGCAGAAAGCUGACAUUAGAAUGUGACUUGUCCAGGAGCAAAAUUUAACAUAAGCGCCCAAGUCUUAGUCACUACCUCAGAGACCUGUUUGUGUUGGGGUCAAGCAGAGGGGGGCGGGGGGAGGUAGCAGUUGUCAUUCUUAACUGAUGUGAACUUUUGUAU